CGCAUUACUCAGAUUUUGAAACCGGAUCCGAAAGUGGCUUGUCUGAGCUGUCGUACCUACCUCCCUAUCAACCGAAAAAAUAUGAGAGACGCGGGAAGUCAGUGGACGAGUCCUGUUUGAAGAUCACGAAGCGCGGUUCACGGGCCAUGCGGCGAUAUGAGAACGAGGCAUUUCUGAACACACUGUCGGUGGUCGCGGAAGCAGACGAAGAGGAGGAGUGGAGCGUCGACUUGCCGGAUAGUCUAUAUCACAAUUCCUUAUUCGCAAAGUUAUUCGAAGAUGACAGUAUUCGCGCCGUUUGGGAUAUGUUCAUUAAUUUAUCUGAAACGGAGCAAGCAAGAGUUUUGCACUCACUGUGUCACAAUCAUCUGUACGAGCCUGAUGCCUGUCCUGAAUUUACAACUGACCUUGACAUUUUCUCCGACGAAGAUGUCAUCGUGGUUUCGAAACAACCAGUCGGCACACGUACACCUCAUCGCGCUCGGCGUUCAAAACGCGGUCACCGAAAACCGAAGGCGCAUGUUCCACCCACCACUUUGAAAGGUGACAAUUCCUCGGAUGCCGAGGUGCAUUCUACAAACACUUCUGGGUCAUCUCGUGUUACCAUUCCCCACGAGGAGAAUACUGCGAUUUUACUACGAGAUCCGAUUCCCAAGCGCUUCUUCUCUCUGGUUUCGGGUACUGUGAACUCUAAUCGUUUUUCAUGCAAAUUCCCGGGUAGACGAAAAAAGCAGAUGAUCACUACUCUUGAUUUUUGCCUCAUUGGUCGAGUAGAGUCUGAGUUACGACACUGGUUCGGUUGUCACACGGAUUCCGUCGAGAACGAGAUGUCUCCAUGGCCCCCACGUCGUGCACAGAAACGUUGGACGCCGACGAUAUCAAUUCUGGGUCACAUUGAUUUCUGCUCAUGGGUGCUCGAACAUCACAAGUUUCCUGUGCCGAUUUUACUGGAUUCGUUGGAACGCCUGCUUGUCCACUCGGUUGCCAACUAUCUUGGAUUGUACUCUUACAGCAAAUGGUCCAACCUUUUGAACACACGCCAACUUUGGAUAGAACAGAAGCCCGGACUAGAAUUCCGCCCUCCGCAGUUGACACUGAUCAAUCUACUUCGGUCUCAUUUAGCUCGCCGUUCAUGAUUAUCGGUUUUAUUUUCCCCAGCUGUUUCUCCUUCUCUUACUUUGUGUACUUUCUAGUUGUUCACCAUGUGCUCUGUUACAGCUUCUACUAUACGCAAUCGGUGCUUACUUCUACCUAAUUGUAGGUUGUUGCUUUGUCCUGUUUCUUGUUAUUUUUGCACCAGUAAUCCUUCCCUAGCUACGAUCUAUCUUUCAAGCACUUCAAGUUGAUUCGGCAUGGUUUUUUUAAAUGUGUAGUCCUUUUUAUGAAGUUGUUGAAUCUAAAAGGCAAAUACGCAUUCAAACACCAUUGUU